CGUGGGGCAAUGCCUGCUGAGAAAGUGUCUGAAAGAAAUGUUUGGAUCGUGUCACUCACGGCUGGCCCCUCGUAGGUACCUCUCUAAAUAUAAACAGGAAAGGCAACGGUAAGCGUGUUACUGUUGUUGUUAUUGUGAUUAAUUACCGCUGGAGCGUGUGAAAGAUAAUAACCAUGCACUUAGGGGUCUUGUUCGAGUGGAUUAAAUGUCGUGAAGCUGGUAGGGAUUAGUUCCUCUCCGAGAUUGCUGUACAGCGGGCGCACUUUGAGUAGGAUGUCGAUGUAGACAAGUAUAUACUUAACUCGUUUUGUAAACAGUUUGCGUUUCAGCGCAAUAAACAGGUAUUCAAUUGCAAGGCAGGUAGUUUUUUUGCAUAUCGUUCUGUCUAUACAGCAAAAGAUAGAGUCGUGUUCGCCGUAGUUGGCAGAUAUUGACCUUCAAAAGCGCGUACAGUGCAGUGUGUUGAGGAAACAUACAUGUAACAACUGUCGAGCGUAUCUCUCUAAGCGAUAACUCAUGACACUGAGCGGAGCCGGAGCCGAACGCGUGGAAAAAUGAUAUCAUCCCAACCGGUUACGCUGGGUGUUCUGGCAAUGGUGAUGGUGGCAAUGUGCGGCCGAGUAGCCGCAAUGUUGCAGCUAAGUGAUCACCGGAAUGCGAUGAAACCUUCACCGGCGUUGGUGAUGAGCGAGAAUACUCUGCUUAAUGAUGUCCAUGAGUACGAGCUGACCCAAGCACAGAACUUUCAGCGACAGGAUGCUCUACAGCGGGCUUGUACGCAGCUUAAGGACACGCUCGAGUACAAAUCGGUAGAUGAGCUGAACUCCUUCCAGUCGAAUCACCUGUUGAUCGACGAGAGACACAAGUUUCUUUACUGCUACGUACCAAAGGUCGCCUGCACCAACUGGAAGCGCAUUCUGAUGAUCAUGACGGAUAAGUGGAACGGCACCGACCCGUUGCAAAUUCCGGCCGAUACGGCCCACUCAAACGGAAUGUUCCGAACGUACAGUACACUCAACGAAACGGAACGGCAAGCCGUCCUAUCAGAUUACAACCGCUUCGUACUGGUGCGGCAUCCAUUCGAGCGGCUGCUUUCCGCCUUCCGCAACAAGUUGGAGGGCAACUCCAAGAGUGCAAAGUACUUUCAGUCCCGCGUGGGCAAAUUGAUCGUGAAAACGUUCCGCCCGAACGCGUCGAACGCUUCGCUGGAGUACGGCCACGACGUUACGUUCCGGGAGUUUAUCCAGUACCUGCUGAGGCCGGACUUGAGCCGCAACUCGAACCUCUCCUUCAACGAGCACUGGGAACCGAUCUCCAAGCUGUGCCACCCGUGCGCCCUGCAGUAUAACAUCAUCGGCAAGUACGAAACGUUGGUGGACGAUUCGGCGCUCGCCCUGCACCUGGCAGGGGUCAGCAGUGAGAUUAACUUUCCUGUUGCAUACAAAACCUCCGGUACGGGGGAACGACUACGGAAGUAUUUCAGUGACAUUCCGCUACCUCUCAUCAAGAGUUUGUACCGGCUGUACGAGGAAGAUUUUCGGUUGUUCGAUUAUAACUUGGAGGAAAUUUUAGGCUUUGAGCUGGGAUGACAAUAAUGACGUGUAAAAAAUCAAUAUCGGACAAUCGGUACUAAGUACCGAAUUAUGGAAAAAUGUGACCAAGAAGAAAAAAAAAACGAAAACAAAGAUAAGGCUAAGCUUUAAAAUAACGCAAUGACUAAACGAAGGCAAUCAAUGUAUACGCUUCAACACAAACUCGAAGGAGAGGUGUUUUAUUGAUGUUUAAAAUUCUAAACAAAACAUGUAUUUUGUACAAUGACUAACAUUCGCAACUUAUACCAUAGGAUUUUUUUCUAGAUGUGAUUUAUGCAUUCUGUUCCGUACUUAUUGACUAAUUCGUGGACGACUCUGUGAUGGCUAGUUUUUUGUCGUAAAUAAAUUAUAGUUUUUACAAAUUAGCAAA